CUCAUGCUGCCACACUCAUUCAAAACAUCACAGGGUAAUCAGGGAAGUAAGAGCGUUAGCUGACUGCGUUCAUGUAAACUCUGCAUGAAGAGAUACCUUAAUCCAAUUCUGCAUUUAAACCGGACAGUGUGAGUCUUGUGAGGACACAUGAUGCCUCUGCUCAGGUUUGGGAAUAUCCUGCUACUGCUGCUGCUGCUGGUCCUGUGUGGACACUCACUCGGGGCACCUCGUACAUUCAGCGUGGACUACCAGAACGACUGCUUUCGGAAAGAUGGGGAAGAGUUCCGUUACAUAUCGGGGAGCAUCCAUUACAGCCGGAUCCCCAGAGUCUACUGGAAGGAUCGGCUGCUCAAGAUGUACAUGGCAGGACUGAACGCCAUCCAGACGUACAUUCCCUGGAACUACCAUGAGGAGUCUCCAGGUCGGUACAACUUCAGUGAAGACAGGGAUUUGGAGCAUUUCCUUCAGCUGGCCCAAGACAUCGGUUUAAUGGUGAUCCUUCGUCCUGGACCCUACAUAUGUGCAGAGUGGGACAUGGGUGGGCUGCCUGCCUGGCUUCUCAACAAGAAAGACAUUGUGCUGCGGUCUUCAGAUCCAGAUUACAUCGCAGCAGUAGAUAAGUGGAUGGCGAAGUUGCUGCCGAUGAUGAAGCCUUAUCUCUACCAGAACGGUGGUCCUAUCAUCACCGUACAGGUGGAGAAUGAAUAUGGCAGUUAUUUCGCCUGUGACUACAACUACCUGCGUCACCUCACCAAGCUGUUCCGGUCUCACCUGGGCGAGGAUGUGGUGCUCUUCACCACGGAUGGAGCUGGGCUCGGCUACCUCAAGUGUGGCUCGAUACAAGCUCUCUACGCCACUGUUGACUUUGGGCCAGGUGGAAAUGUGACCGCUGCCUUUGCUGCUCAGAGACACGCUGAACCUCAUGGACCUCUGGUGAACUCUGAAUUUUACACCGGCUGGCUGGACCACUGGGGGUCACCUCACUCUGUCGUGUCAUCUGCCAGAGUGGCCAAGUCCCUCAAUGAGAUUCUGGCCAUGGGAGCAAACGUCAACCUGUACAUGUUUAUAGGAGGAACAAACUUUGGAUACUGGAACGGAGCCAACUCACCGUACGGCCCACAGCCCACGAGCUACGACUACGACGCCCCGCUCACAGAAGCAGGAGACCUCACAGAGAAGUACUUUGCCAUUCGAGAGGUGAUCAAAAUGUACCGUCAGAUACCAGAGGGACCAGUACCACCAACAACUCCAAAGUAUGCCUAUGGAACGGUUGUGAUGAAACAGCUCCAGACGAUAACAGAUGCCUUGGACACACUGUCUUUCUCGGGCCCCGUCAAAAGCGUGUAUCCUCAGACUUUCACUGAACUGAACCAGGCCUUUGGUUUCGCACUGUACAGAACCACUCUGCCUGUCAACUGCAGCACACCCACUCCGCUGUCAUCUCCACUGAACGGCGUCCAUGACAGAGCAUAUGUGUCAGUGGACGGGGUGCCUGUGGGGAUUCUUGAAAGGAACAAAGCCAUAACUGUCAACGUGACUGGGAAAGCUGGCAGUCAGGUGGACAUACUGGUGGAGAAUAUGGGCCGAAUCAACUACGGAAAAGAAAUCAACGACUUCAAGGGCCUGGUGUCCAACCUGACUCUGGGAAAAGACACGCUCACCGGCUGGACCAUGUACAGCCUCAGCAUCGACGAAGCGGUCAGCCAGGGCCUUCUCGGUGAAACGAAACCAACAGAUCCACCUCCGCCCGCUGCUCAUGCCCUUCCAGCCUUCUACAAGGGAAGCUUCAUCAUUCCUGACGGCAUCCCAGACCUCCCCCAGGACACGUACAUCAAACUGCCCAAAUGGAAGAAGGGGCAAGUUUGGAUUAACGGCUUCAACUUGGGGCGUUACUGGCCAACUCGAGGCCCUCAGGUGACACUCUUUGUCCCCGCCAACAUCCUCAGCACAGCUGCACCCAACAAUGUGACCGUCCUGGAGCUAGAGGAGGCUCCCUGCAGCUCAGGACUUUGUAGUGUGGAGUUUACUGACACCCCCAUCCUGAAUGCAACAGUCCAUUCAGGCUACAAAUGGCACAGGAGGCUCUUCGCUAAAGACGAUUUGCUGUGAUCAUAAGGGAACUCACCGCUGCACACAAGAAAUCAAUUUGCACUAUUCAUAUUUGCUGAAGUACAGAGUCAAAUCAGCACCUGUUGUGUGAGCUCAGUGAAUGUUUGAUUUUAAAAGCUGCCACAUGUGAAAGACGGCUAAUUUGGGACAUGACAUCGGUGAUUGAAUGUGUCUUUAUGUGUUUUUAGCCAAAUAUCUUAUUUACAUCACAUCAGCUGUGGGCGUCUCUACCUCACUGAUUCUACAUUUUCAUUCAAAGCCUUUUUUUUCCUUUCGCUUCACAAAGGGAUCAUUGCCAACUGAAGCACUGCCGAAACAUCACAGCAGCCUUUAUGAGAAUAACACAUCAGGGAAAUAAUAUAUGUAUCAUCAUAUCGUUGGACUGCUGAUAUGUAGCUUUUAUUAACUUUAGAAUUAUUUUACAUAUGUUUGAACCUAUCUGAUGUAAUGCGUGUAAUGCAUCAGCCUUUUAAAGCAAAAAUAAAAAUAUAUGAUUUGAUUAUAUUCA